CGUCGUUUUUACACGCAAGAGAGAGGCAUUGCGUGUCAAGCGUGCCUCUCGCCUAGGGUUCCUGGAGCUCGGGAGCGCGACGUGGUAGAGAUCCAUUGCGAUUCUAGCGCUUUUCGGUUUGAUUCUAGUGGCGAGAUGUUGCUCAAGGUAGAGGGAUGCAGGGUGCCGGCGCUAGAUUCGUUUGUGAUCAACCCUGGCCGCGGCCGAUCCAGGAAGAGCAGGCUGAUGGUUCAAUGUAGCGCCAGGGAUGGCGAUUCAGAUGGGAAUGGAAUGGGAGGCGAUGUCCAGGUCCAAAGAGCGCUGGUGGAGAUGAUCCAGAUGCAAGUAAGCAAGGUGAAGAUGUCGGAAUUUGUGGAGGAAAGGUCGCAGUACAUGAAAACUAUUGCGCAAGACUAUCGUCACGACCACGCUCGAAUUGCGUUUCGUGCGAUGAAAGAGCUCGAUGCCGCUGGAAGCCGGGUGCUUAGGGAGCUUGAUGCUGGUGCUGGUGCAAUCGAAGAGGAACUUCGAAUGGCUCGUGCCGAUCUUGAGGCUCAAUCCAAAUCUAUUGACGAGUACCAGCGCUGGUCUGCUCAUCUCCGAAACGAGGGGCUGUUCUUCAAGAAUUUGUACAGUGCUCCGGAUAGAUCCAAGGCAUCUAGAAAGGAUUUGGUAGUUAGCUCACCAUCGGGAAACUUUAGCGCAAGUUACAAGCAGUUUUUGUCCGGAGGGAUCUCCCUUGUUCUGGCCUCGUUUGUUUACAGUUCUGGCUCUGGCCUCUUAACAGGAACCUUAAUGCGUCCAUGGAAACUUGCCUCGUAUGGAAUCAUCCUCACACUUCUAUUGACACAGCUAGCGUACGCCGACGUUCUCGUCGGCGAAGAAGUCGAGAGCUCAAGCAAAGAUCAAGGCUGACGCAUCUGAGCCGUCCAGUCACCACUAUCAAAUCGGACGGCUCUGAUUGAUGUACAUAUACUUAUAUUAAUUUAUCCACACCGUCGGCACCGUAGCGUAUCUGGAUCGACGGUUGCGCGA